AUGCUUAUGAGCAGCGAUAACGAUGUCAAAGACUACAUUGGCAACAUCAUGCAGCAGCUCCGGAAAUGGAUAUACGGCGGACGCUUGCUGAAACUCGUUGUCGUGAUAAUAAAUAAAGCCACAACCGAAACCGUCGAAAGAUGGGUCUUUUCAAUAGAUAUACAGAAAGAAGGCGAGGAGACUGAUGAAAAGCCAAAGGCACAGAUCCAAAGGGAGAUCCAGGCGAUCUUCCGCCAGAUCACCGCUUCGGUAUCGUACUUACCAUUUUUGCAAGACGAUGAGUACACGUUUAAUGUGUUAGUUUACACAGAUCCGAGCUACGAUAGCAGGAGGAUACCCAGUGAAUGGGCAGAUACCCAUGGUGAUGGAAAGAUGAUAACCGGAGAAACUGACCAGGUGGACUUCUCCACGUUCAGUACAAAUAAUCACCUGGUUGGUACCUCGGUAAGCUACAAGCUUGGUUAA